CCAAUUUAAAACUCGAAUUAACGCCGUUAAAUCCCGCGGUUCGUGUUGGUGAGGAUUUAAAACUGACCUGCAGCUGGAAUUCCUGUCCGGUUAAUGUGACCUUCAUGUGGAAAACAUUACUUGACAAAUUUCACGGCGGAGAAUUUGAAGAUGAGCCGAAUGUUUCCCGCCUGCUGAUCAGGAACAUCUCGACUGAGCAUAAUAACAUAGUCGUGUGUAAAGCUGAUUGUGGGAGCCAACCUUCGGAGAAAACGUCAGACAUAAAUGUGUACUCGUUUCCACAAGAUCCUGUUCUGCCCAAAAUAAAGAGCUUGAUAGCAAACCAGGAACAGACGCUCAGCUGUACAAUCUACAACGUUUACCCUUUGGAAAGGUUCAAACUUGAGUGGCUUCUUGGAGAGGAGUAUGUGGUGAUAUACUCCGACACUUACCCUGAAGAACUGUAUGGUCAUAAGCCAAACUAUACCUCAGUUUUCAACUACACACAUUCUGUUGAUAAUGUGGGCAAGAAUAUUACUUGCAAGGCAACGCUAAAAUUGAAAAAUGGUUUUGAAAAAACUCGUAAUUCGACUCUUGAAUAUGGUCCAGGAACUAUAACCAUUUCCAGUAACAAAGCCUCAGUAAAGCUUGGUGAAAAUUUAGAGAUAACAUGCCAAGCAGAUGGAAAUCCCAAACCAAAAAUAUCAUGGCAGAAACAAAAAGAGGCUGAUCCUGAACAUCAGAGCAAAAAUGAAAAGCUCAUUAUAAACAAUGCUUCCUGGUCGCAGGCAGGUUGGUACCAGUGCAACGCAAGCAAUUACAUGGGAAGCCUGCAAAAGAGGGUAGAGGUCAUUGUUUUAGGUCCUCCGAACACCCCCAAAAUCCGACUAAGCCACAUUGGAGAGCUAGAAGAAGGAGAAAAUAUAACCAUAUUCUGUUCUUUAGACGGCACACCGGCUGAACUGACAAUCUCCAGACAGUCCCAGAAUGCUCAGACAGGAAGUCAGAGCCAAUCAGCUGCUCUUUUAAACAUCCCAUCAAUCCAAAUAACAGAUGCAGGGACUUACAUUUGUGAAGCAAAAAAUGACAUUGGAAUUGAGAGAAGCACAAUUGACAUUAGAGUGAAAGCACGACAGAGCAUGCCUGACCCAAUGCCAGACCUGCCUGUAGCCAUAAUACCUGCUGUUGGGUCAGUGUCGCUGUUGACAGCUGUUGGGCUCCUGAUCCGACACUGCAGAAAGAAAGCCAGGAGCGACUCAUGCAACUUGGAACUGAACUAAACAGAAAAAUUCAUCAGGACAUCAUAUUAUGAAAAUGUCAUGGACAGGUGAAUACAACCCUGGGCGGUUUUCUGU